GAACAAGAUUUGGGUGAGCCGCAGUUUGCCUACCAUGCCGUCGUCGAGCCAAUCUUCAUCGUCGGUGUCAUGAUCGCUUCGUGCUACUUCAACCGCCUCCGAAACUUCUCCAUCAUCCCUUCGUCCAAGAGCGCCGACCAAGGUCUCCUCGGCCAAUCGAAGCUGGAGCCAUGGGAUGAGGAAGACGUGCACGACGAGACUGAGCGUCUCAACCUCUCCGACGCAGCAGCGUCACCGACGGAAACACACCCGCCAAAGAAACGAACGUGCUGCGGUACUGUUGUGCACACGCCCAACUCGAGCCGAUACGCGAAAUACUGGCACUCGCGCUUCAUACAAAAGUUUCCGUUCCUGGUGGAGAUGUUCUACUGGGCGGUGAAUCUAGGUUUCUACGUCGGUGUCAAGUCGGCGAGUGAGCUUGUCGCCGCCACGGAUGGCGUCUGGCAGACUGCUGAGAACCAUGGAAAGGCCGUCUUGUGGUUUGAGCACGAGGGCCCAUUUAGCUGGAUGUUUCCUCUGCGGGAGAUUGAUGUUCAGAGUUUCUUCAGGAAUGAUCACCAGACGAUGCUGACCAUCUUGAACCGCGCCUACUCCCUGAUUCACAUUCCCGUCACAGUCAGCUUCCUUGCCUGGUAUUACUACGCCGCACCGACGCACGCCCAAUUCGCUGAGGCUCGUCGUAUGAUGACGCUCACAAACCUCUUCAGCUUCGUCGUCUUCACAACAUACCCAUGCAUGCCACCCCGUCUCCUCCCCGAAGAAUACGGCUUCUUCGACACCGUCCGCCGCGAAGACGCCGAGUCAAUCUACGCCACCAACAAGUUCUUCAACCAACUCGCCGCGUUUCCCUCUCUUCACUUUGGCUACUCUUUCUGCAUCGGCACUGUUCUCCUGUACCACUCUGGUCUCUUCCGCCGACGCCUUGCCCCCCGUGAGAAGCGAAUGAGCAAGGCGUGGCAGGUGUUCUUUGUGGCGUUGAGCAUCCUGUACCCGGCGUUUGUGUUGACUAUCAUUGUUGCUACGGCGAAUCACUACUGG